UUGUGAGAGGAAGAGUUGCGUGUUUGUGUAAGCUGUGGGUAACAGCCCAGCUCGCACUUGUGUCGUCAGAGCUCGCGUGCGGCGGAGGGGUACCUGGUAUGUACUUUGCGAGCGGCGGUUGCCCUGCUCUGAACCCUGCUGUGGUGAUGAGCGUUGGUGGUGGCCUGGCCUUGCUGGGGUGGGCCGUGAAGUCGAGAACCACGGUGUGGACUUUUUACUUUUUUAGGGAAGAUCCGGGGAACUGGUGAGGUGCAGCAGGCACAAAGCGAACUUGUUGCUUGGGCCUCCAAAGGUGGCCGGGUGGCUUGAUCACUAGCGACGCUCGACGGUUGACAAAGACACAAAGGCGUUGUUGCAUGGAACAAAUCCAAUAUCAUUUAUGGUCAACUUUCUGCAAAAGUUGUUUCGGUCUCGCUCAUUGUAUGAGCGAAUGGGCGGCAUCUCCAGGCCCUGUUAUAUGUUAUAUGUACACAGUUCGACAGGUCAUCGAUAGGCCGGCAGCAAUGGGCGUGAUAGGGCAGGCGGCAGCUGCCGGGGGAGGAGCCAUCCAACUACGGAGACAGUCCCGUAUAGAGGUAGCUUCGUUCCCCUGUCACCGCCGGGAAGUCUCCAGCUGUGAUUCAGACCUACAUAUUUCUCUGAUAUUUAAAAGAGAGAUCAAUGAAGUCGAACCAAGAAAACAGGCGGGCCGAAAGAUGGAGUCCCGUCUCCAAGUUAGCCGCCGGUUGCAGAUCGCUUCAGCCGGAGGCAUCUUCCUCACAUGUUCAGAGGGGGGAAGGGCCUCCAUUAUAAGACCGGGCAGGAACGUUCAACACCAUCCCGGCCAGCUUUUCGCACCUUCUCAGUCCCUAUCACCGUUCGGAUGGACCUUGGUGCUUCUCGGAAACAAUCCUCCAAUGAUUCGGGUACCCGUACAUGUGGCCCCCAACGGCUUAGACGCGCUUCCGCCAACUUCGUUUAGUUGGUGAAGAAAGACAAGACAACCCUCUCUCGAGAGUCCAACUUGACAAGAAUGAUGAAUGGGGGAAAUGGAAAGAGAGAGAACGGGAGAAGUG